CUGCCUUUCAGCAGCAAUUCACUAUGGAACAUAUCCUGGCAGUACUGCUCUGUUUACAGAGUAGCCUGCUUGUUAUUGCCUUUCAGUGUUCAGACAAGGUGAUCGUCUCAGCGGUGAAAGAAUACAAUGUGGAAAAUACACACAAACAUUGGUUUGACUGUAUAAAAGUGAACACUGUAGAUUCAAAGCUUCCCUCAGAGCCAGAUUCUUUCUUAGUAAAGUUUCAAAUUGGAGAGACAAAAUGCAGGAAGGUGCAUUCAAACAUAAGGAUGUGCCCAGUCAAGUAUGGCUUGAACGCUGUAAUGGGGGACUGCAGUGCAUUGGUUUCAGCAGUUAAUAAUGAAGAACUUCUCCAUGUGUCUUGCAAUCUUAACCAUGGGAGAAGUGGAGGAGCCACGCAGAGUGGAAAAACAAAGCAAGGUGUGCAGGUGCAGGGAAAGAACGAAAGGAAAUAUCGACCUGGAAUGUUUUCUAUUGCAUCCAUAAUUCUCAAUGAACAUAUAACUGCAUCACCACCCGUCCUUCCGGUAUUGCAUUCAGCUGCUGAGCCACCCAUAUUACCCAUUGACCCUACAGAUCUUGUAACACCACCAGUGAUUGAUCAUGCUAGUAAAAAAAAGCAACAUGGUCACAAAAAAAACAAGAAGAGAGGACACACAUCAAUUAAUGAAAAAGUCAAGCGAGACACAGAAACAACGAAGAAAAAACCCAAGAAACCACCUCGUGCAGGAUCAUUUAGCGCAAUGGCAGGGAUGGGAUUUUAUGGUAGAGCAGCCUAACAAGAUGUCCAGACAAGGAAGUGAAGUAAAGGCUUCAAAUACACCUAGUGAGCUGCAUUGAUAGCUAAUGUAUUUACAGUAAAUAAGUGAAGACAACAAACCAUGGAGUCCUUUUUAGCAAUAGUCCUUUUUUAUUUUAAUGAUUGUAGGUAACAAUAAUUCUGUAAGUUUGUGUGCACUUCUAUUUGAUCUGUCUCAAAUGUCCAGUUUUGACUUCACUUAAUUUUCACUUUAAAACAUAACUGGUAAUUAAAACCUUUAUUUGAUAUCGA